AUGAAGCCGGUCAUACAUGUCCCAAGAGUGAAACCAAAUAUAAGCGACAAAGAUCAAGUUUUUAGUCUUUCUCGAAAGCCUUCUAUAUUGCAGCUGUCAUCUCCCCGAAACGCUCUUGCAACAACUCGGCAAGUGCCAAUUCAGGAUCCAUUUCUCAAUAUGAGACAGCUUGGAACAAACUCCCCCAAGCUCAGGCCUAUAUGCCCAUUAAAACAUCCUAGUUCUGGACCGCCUAGUCUUAAUUCUUCGAAUUCUCAAAGAUCACUAGGAAUCGACAAACAUCAAAAACCCCUCUCAGUUUCUGAUAUUUCAAAUAAGCCAAAACUUCUAGCUAGGAACAAUUCAGCGUGCAUUUUCCCACCCAUAUCGACAAGGAAUAUUCUGCCAAUUAAAGAAAGCAAACACUUUUUUAAGGAGCUGAAAGAAAUUCAAUUAAAAAUGUCAGUGCUUAUCCUAUCGAUUACAAUUUUAUAUCAAAAUGACGAUUAUUUUAAUAAUUGUGAUUUAGUAUUUAUUCUUAAAUAAAAUUAAUUUUAAGUCUUUAUAGGUUAGGGAUGAUUUUUUCACAAAGAAAGAGAAAAAGCAUGGGAAAGAAAAAAUCGAUUUUAAAAUGAGCAAGAAAGAUGAGCCAACGACACCCUAUUUCAAUGGGAAUUCACAAGCUUCGUUUCAGAAGCAUGUGGAAAUAAAUUAUGAGAGUGAAAGCACUAAUAUCCCAGAAAGCGAAGAAGAGGAAGUUAAACAAAUUCAUGCUAGAAAAGCUAGCAGAGAGCACAAUUUAAUCGAAACAGAUUCAAAAUUUAGUAAUUUUACCUGCAAAGAAACAGGUAGGAGAGAUAUGAAAGAAUUAACGUUCAAGUUCAAAAGAUAG